AUGGACCGAUCACAAUUGAGUUCUAGGUAUCCGCGAAAAGAUUCCUCUCCCAAAAAACCUACUGACAUACCAGACCCCAUAAUAGCAAAUGAAACAGUACCUGCCAAUUCAAAGUUAUCAGAGGAAAAGACCGUGGAUUCUUUCCUAAAUGAGGUGAAUCAGAAAAGAGUUAGUGAUGAAAUUAGGCAGAGAAAGCGGGAGGAGAAGCCUGCAAAAGUGGAAACUGUUUCCCCUGAAAAAGAUAAACAGGUAUCAGUUGAUAAAAGGAUGCUUUGUAAGGAAAAUCAGAAAAAACAAAGGGAAAAUUUCAUUCAUGAAGUGUUCAAGGGGGUGGUCACUAAAGUGGCCCCGGAUGAUUUGAAAACAAUACGAAGCUGUGACCCCUUAACAGUAGAAAUGGGAACUCCAACCUUUUCUCUUUUGUAUGAAAAACUUUGUGAUGCCGUAAUUCUUGCUGAUCAUGCAACCCAGGAAGCUAUCUUUUGUUACUGUCAAUUUGGGAAAGCUCUUAUCCAGAGGCGAGGUGAGAUCGCAUCUGAAAAACAAGUUGAUCCGGAGUCUAAUACAACACAACUUUGUGAACCGAGUUCACAAAGUGAUAAGAAAAAUUCUGACUUAUCACAUAUCACCAGUUCGAAUGCACCUACCGAAUCUCAAAUCCCCAUUGAAUCUGCCACGAAAAAAUUAGAUACUAAGGUAGAGGUAGUAUUACCUAUUCCUUUAAGUCAUGCCUCUAAUUAUUCGGCUGAG